AGUCCUGAUCGGGUCUGGACUCUGGAAGUUGGACGACGUCAAUAGGACAGAGGACACUGUCCCAGCCCUCAGAGGAGCGGAGCAGAGGCGGCGCGCUGCUCCCAAGUCGGGACGUUUUAAUCUUUUGCGCAUUUUCGGCAUGUUUCCGCGCGUAAAGGCGCACUGAGUGAGGCGGAUCUGGGCUUCAGGGCGGCUGAGGAAGAGGAGCGAGAUGUUGGCCAGGAAAAGCAUCAUCCCGGAGGAGUUCGGGCUGCCGGGUCUCGCCUCCCGGCUGCCGCGGAAGCCGGUGUUCCGGGACCGCGUGAACAAGGCGCGCUUCAUCGCCAAGAACGGGUCGUGCAACUUGGCGCACAAGAACAUCCGCGAGCAGGGCCGCUUCCUGCAGGACGUCUUCACCACGCUGGUGGACCUGAAAUGGCGCUUCACGCUCGUCAUCUUCACCACGACCUUCGUGAGCAGCUGGCUGCUGUUCGCGAUGAGCUGGUGGCUGGUGGCCUUUGCGCACGGAGACAUGGACCCGGCGCGGAAAAACGAGACCCACUGCGUCACCGACGUCGAGUCGUUUAUCUCAGCCUUCCUGUUCUCCAUCGAGGUUCAGGUGACCAUCGGCUUUGGAGGUCGGAUGAUAACAGAGCACUGCCUGGCGGCCAUUACUGUCCUCAUCUUGCAGAACAUAGUGGGACUCAUCAUCAACGCCGUCAUGCUGGGCUGCAUCUUUAUGAAGACGGCUCAGUCGAACCGCCGAGCGGAGACGUUGAUCUUUAGCCGUCACGCCGUUAUCGCCGUGAGGAACAACCGUCUGUGCUUCAUGAUUCGCAUUGGAGAUCUGAGGAAGAGCAUGAUUAUUGGAGCCACCGUCAGAUUACAGGUGGUGAGGAAGACGACGACUCCAGAGGGCGAGAUAAUCCCCAUCCAUCAGAUCGACGUCCAGACUGAGAGCGCCCUCGCCAGCAACAGCCUGUUCCUCCUCGCCCCGCUCAUCAUCUGCCACGUCAUCGACAAAAACAGCCCGCUGUACGACCUGUCGGCCAUGGAGCUGCAGUGCAGCGACUUGGAGGUGAUCGUCAUCCUGGAGGGAGUCGUGGAGACGACGGGCAUCACCACCCAGGCCCGGACCUCCUACGUCUCUGAGGAGAUCCAGUGGGGCCACCGCUUCGUUCCCAUCGUUACGGAGGAGGAGGGCGUGUACUCCGUGGACUACUCCAAGUUCGGCAACACGGUUAAAGUGAGCACGCCCAGCUGCAGCGCUCGGGAGCUGGACGAGAAGCCGUACAUCCUGAUCCAGACGCUGCAGAAGAGUGAGCUGUCGCACCAGAACUCCCUCAGGAAGCGAAACUCCAUGAGACGCAACAACUCCAUGCGGAAAGGCGGCGGCGGCGGCAGCGGCAGCGGCGGCAGCCUGCGCAGGAACAACUCCGGGCUGGUUCCGCCCAAAGUGCAGUUCUUCACCCCGGCGGAGGGCGGCCAGAGCCUGAACGCUGUCACCUGACAUGAGGCCUUCCUCCUGCAGGGUGCGCUGUUCCUCCUGGCCGGGACCAGGACUGUUUCUCUGACGGGACUCCUCCUGCUCCCCGCCUCAACGCGACUCGUGUCUCAGUGCGUCUGUUGUUGUUGUUAUUAUUACUGUUAUUAUCUUCAUUAGCAGGUGAUUGCACUGACACACACCCACCCACCCGCACACACACACACACACACACACACACGCACACACACACACACACACACACACACACACACACACCUUUAUGGGAUGUUUGGUAACACUCUUUGAAGGGCUGUGUAUAAGACAGAACAGCUGUUAUGAACAUGAAGGAAUGUUUAUAACUGUAGUGUCAUUUGGUAAAUAAUGAGACUUUUAAUGCAGGUUUUAGUGCAACUUUGCUUUAAAAGUUUCAUUAUUUCCCGGCUGAUGCUUUAUGACAACAGAUAUCAACAUUCAUAAAGACUCCUUCAUGUGUCUGAAUGCUUUUUGUCUGUAUUCUUCACACUCCUCAUAAAGUGCUACCAGAUGUUUUCUCAGAACAAAAUCACGUAAAUAACAUCAAGCAGCACUUUAUGUUCAGAAAAUAUUAAUUUGCACAACAAUGCUCAUCAAAAUGCUAAUCCAAGUAGAAAUAACUGCUAGUUGAGGCUCAAACGGCGUCAUUCCAUAUCUCAUAUUUCAUUUUUCUGACUUAUUCAAAGUGUUUCUGCUUACUGGAUGUGCAGACAUGCAGGCUGUUUCUCAUCCUUUAACAGUAAUUAUAAAGAGCCAAUCACUAAUGUUCUGUUUUUGUGUUUGACAAUAAAUGCACCAACUUGUUAUGAA